CACAAGUACUCUGAAUAUAUUUGAAUGAUUGUGAUUACUUAAUAAAAUCGUGCAUGUGUGUUGGCAUCCAAAGCUGUUGAUUCAAUAGUGCGUGAAAAGGCAUCCAGAACACAAGGUUUAGAGCCGGCGUUCUCGAAUGCUUAAAAAAAUAAGAAGACUAUCUUAUUCUCAUGGUUGGCGUUGAAAUUUGAAUUCAAAUACUUACACAUAAGAUCUGUCAGUCGUGCUCUGGAAUCAGAUCAAGAAAGUGCAGCGAGAAAGAAAAAUCAGGUUCAAUGGACUCGCUAGCACGUGCUCUAUUGCCCUACCGGGAUGUGAUCGGCAAUGUGGCGGGAAUUUUGACCAUCGCUCAGUUCCUCAGUGGUUGCUUCACAUGCAACAAAAUUCGACACAAGGGCAGCUCGGAAGGAUUCUCGCCAUUGCAGUUCGUCUUUGGGUGUGGACUAACGGUCCUGCAACUCAAGUACUCGCAGAUGCUGAGGGCGGCCGCACUGAUUCGAACCAGUUCCUACGCACUUGCCAUUUGCUUGGUUUAUUCAGGAUGGUUUCUGUUCUACACCCCCAGCAGUAAACGAAGUGACUUCUGGAAGUUAGUGAUGCAAACAAUUUUACUGGUGGGAGGAGCACUACUCUAUACAGGUUUUGAAGAUCCUGUCCUGGUGAAAGACCGUUUUGGAUUGUUAGUUACAAUUCUGACCCUAUGCUAUAUUGGAUUGCCAUUACUGAAAUUGGGUGAAGUAAUCAGAAAUAAGAGCAGUGAAGGGCUACCCCUACCGGUGAUUCUGGCCAGUACUGGAGCCUCCAUCCUGUGGCUACUGUACGGAAUCAUCCUGCAUAACUACUUCAUCAUUGUUCAGAAAGUGAUAGCCCUCGGUUUGUGUGCAGCACAGUUGUCGUUGUUUGUGAUUUAUCCAGCACCAGCUGCAGGGCCGAAGCAACAGAAACGCAAAGACGAAUAGAACAAGCUCCGUAAAGUAUUCAAUGGAAAGUCAACCGAGCGUGCUGAGAUAAGGGCGUUUACGCAAAGUGCUGGGCGACCGAUAAGGGCAUGUAUGUCGUUUGUUAUGUGGGAAAAUAGUCUCAACUGGAGGAAAUGAACGGAAACAUUAAUGGAGCAAUUGCCUGCCUACUAAUGCUGCAGGUGAGAUAUUUAUAUACAGAUAUUCGUUUCGGCAUUUAAUUUAUUCGAUGUUUGAGACCGUUAUCAUACAUACACAUUUGUACAUAUAAAAAUUGAAGCGAUAUGAAAAAUUAAGCUUAGAUUGUUACAAGUAUUCUGCAUAAAAAAAUAUUUAUAAGCAAUAAUACUCUUGGAGCGAUAAUUACCUAUUAAUUACCAUUAUUAAAAGAAAUAGAAAUAAAAAAAUAUAGAAGAUA